UUUGGGGGGGGUGAUGGAAGUGUUUGUUUGAUUUGGGGGAGGUAAUUGUGUUUGUUUACUUAUGUUUUACAUGGAGGUCCUGGGAAUUAAACCCAGGACCUGGGGCAUGCUUUGCCCACAGUGUACCUCUGAGCUAUACCCCCACCCCGCGAUGGAAGUCUUCUGGAACUAGCGAGAGAUGUGAUAGUUGCACAAUACUGUGAAUGUUCUAGAUGCCACAGUAAAUGGUUAAUUCCAUGGUUUGUGACUCAAACACUAAUAGAAAUAUAUUUAAAUAUUUCUCUUAGUUCCUGAGUUUGGGGUGACCACUCCUGCCCCCCACCCCAGCCCCCCACCGUAAAUUUUGCUCUGGCUGUGAGACCCAGCCUCGCUUCAGUCUGUGGCCCACCUGGCUCUGAACCUGUCAUUCCUGCUCAGCACCCUGCCCUGGACAAAGGACAGGGGCUAAGCUCCCAGUGGCUUUCAAGUUGCCCUCCAGGCAAACCAAACUGCACCGAGCCUUGAUAUCCCGGGCGCCACCUGGUGUCCCAGCCGGCUCUCAGCAUCCUUUCUCCUCUCCUCACAUGGCCAUAAACUCCCACUUCUUCUUCAAGAUUCAGUUCAAGUCACACUUCCUCCCUAUCUGUUACACUAACUCUCCUCUCCAGCCCUAGCUCCUGCCCCUUCCCAGGGCUGCUGCCUCCCUGCUCCCCAGCCAGCCUCCCCCCUGGGGACCCUGCUCUCCACGUCAGCCCCUCCCUCACACUGGCCCCUGAGGGAGCUCCCUAACACCCAAAUCUGACACUGACCCCCGCUAGGCACAGGCACUCAGUGAUGUAAUGACCUUGCUAUGGAUAAAUGGCUCCUGGCAGGGCCAUUCAGCCAGGGAACUCCCCACAGCAGGGUGGGAGCGCCCUCCUAGGUCACCUCCGGCCUCCUGCUGGUUUCACUGCCCGACCUGGUCGGUUUCUCCCCCCACCCCGCCCCUUCUCUCUCUCUCUCUCUCUCCCCCAAUCCUCACACACACUGCCCCAACAGCUGCAAUCUGGAAGAAAUUACUCUCCUAAACAGCCAGACUUCCCCAGUUUCAGGAAAUUCCAAGCUGGCAGGGGGAGGGGCGGGGCUAGGGGCCGCCCUGCCCGUCCAUCCCCCAGCCCCGUGCGUGCGGCCUGCCUGCAUCCCCGCCCGGCCCCGCCGCCCCCACACUCAGCCCAGAGGGGCCUCAGCUCCUCCACCGCUGCUUUCUAGUCCCUUAAAUCCUGGAGGCAAACUUUUUUUGGACGUAGGGGUGAGAUAAGGAAGGCUGGGAGGGGCCUACGUCUUAACCCUCUCUGCCCCAGACGGACUGAGCUGGGCUGGGUGGUGACUCUGCGCCUGUCUGGGCUCCUACCAUGGCCCCCAAGAAGGGCUGACACUUCAGUUCCCAGAGCAGGUAAGAUCCCGCCGGAGGAAGAAGGAAGAAGGUGCGGGCCUGGGAGUAGGAGGCGGAGGCAGGCUCCCAACCCUGAAGACGGGGGGGUCCCAGCUUGAGCUGGAGCCCCAGAGAGCGCGCCUCCCGGGGCUAGCGAGGACCACGAGAUGCCGGUGCUGAAGCAGCUGGGCCCCGCGCAGCCCAAGAAGCGGCCGGAGCGCGGCGCCCUGUCCAUCUCCGCGCCGCUCGGAGACUUCCGGCACACGCUGCACGUGGGGCGCGGCGGCGACGCCUUCGGGGACACGUCGUUCCUGAGCCGCCACGGCGGCGGGCCGCCCCCCGAGCCCCGAGCGCUGCCCGCGGGGGCCCCGCGCUCCGCGCCGCCGCCCGCGGUGCCGCAGCCCCCGCCGCCCGCCCUGCGCGCGCCCGCUCCCGCCGACCCGCUGCUGUCCUUCCACCUGGAUUUGGGCCCCUCCAUGCUGGACGCGGUGUUGGGCGUCAUGGACGCGGAACGCCCGGGCGCCGCUGCCGCCAAACCUGACGUGGACCCCGGCUCCGGGGCGCAGCACCCCAGGGCCCGCUGCUGCCCUAACGCGGACCUCGAGCUGGACGACGUCAUCGGCUUGUAGGCACCCGCGUUCCCUGCGCCCUUACCGUCCAGCACCCCACUUCUUUAUACAUAAACCGACAAAGUCUG